AUGUUGACGCUACUGCAUCAGGAAAUUCCGAGUGACAAUUCGACCCUCGAGGUUCUGGUCAUCCUGUUUCCCGGCUUCAACACGCUGGACAUGAAUGGGCCAUUCGACGUGCUCACGAAAUUCGGCACCAACACUUCGUUUAAUCUCCAAGUCGCUUCGGAAUCAACAGACCGUUGUGGAAUAACGAAGUCGACAGAAGGCGUCAAAGUCCAGCAUGACAUUCGACUGGACGAUGCACUGAUAGCCUCUCUGGAUCGCUACGACGUCCUUAUUGUCCCGGGAGGGUCUCCCGAGGCUGUUUCCGAAAAAGCCAAAGAGCUCGAUUCUGCCUUCAUGCAACUCAUCACCGCCUUCUCAAAGCUGCCGCCACGUUCUACACAUCAUCCUCGCGUGCUACUGUCGAUUUGCACUGGUGCUCUGUUCUUGGGAACCCUCGGAAUCUUCAACGGAAAGUUCUGUACCACGCACUGGUUUGCGUACGAUGAUCUGAAAGAGAGGGUCAAAUCAGCUGCAUCCGCGAGCGGUGGCCAGCCCGGAAGAGUGAUCAAGGCUCGAUUUGUAGACUCUGGGCUGAACGAUUCGAAGGUACGUAUAAUCAGCAGCGGCGGUAUUUCUUGCGGGAUUGAUGCGAGCCUGUAUCUCGUCAAAUUCCUGCUGGGUGAGAAAGAGGCCAUAUCGACGGCUGAGAUCUUGGAUUAUGCGUACCGCAAGACGGAGGGUGUUGUCAUCGACGAUGAGUAG